AUGCAAGAAAAGAAGCUCUCUCCACACUUCUUCUUCACCAAAUAAAAAGUUCCAAUCUUUUUCUUUAGGGUUUCUCUCUCUUUCUGGGAAUCUCAAUCGACGAUCUCAAAAGAUGAUAGAUUUCAGCAGAAUCCAGAAAGAGCUUCAAGAUUGUGGCAGAGACAACGAUUCUUCGGGUAUCCGGGUCAGCCCGAAAGCCGAUGAUCUCACCCGACUCACCGGAACUAUCCCUGGUCCUAUCGGUACUCCUUACGAAGGCGGAACCUUUCAGAUCGAUAUCACCAUGCCAGAAGGGUAUCCAUUUGAGCCUCCAAAGAUGCAAUUCUCAACCAAAGUUUGGCACCCAAAUAUCAGUAGUCAAAGCGGGGCGAUAUGCUUGGAUAUCUUGAAAGACCAAUGGAGUCCAGCUCUUACUCUGAAGACAGCUCUUGUUUCAAUUCAGGCAUUACUCUCUGCACCAGAACCAAAAGACCCUCAAGAUGCUGUUGUAGCUGAGCAGUACAUGAAGAACUAUCAAGUGUUUGUAUCAACUGCUCGUUACUGGACUGAAAGUUUUGCCAAGAAAUCUUCUCUGGAGGAAAAAGUCAAGAAACUUGUGGAGAUGGGUUUUGGAGAGGCUCAGGUUAGGAGUGCGAUUGAAUCGAGUGGUGGAGAUGAGAAUCUGGCGCUGGAAAAGCUCUGCUCUGGGUAGGAUCUAUCAAGAAUUGGCGCUAGAUAUGAUCAUUAAUUUGGUUUAUAACUCUUUUUAUGUGCUCUGCGUUUACUCUCUUGCUUGCCCUGCUGGUAAGAGUGAAACCGCUUUGAAAAGAUCAUACUAAAUUCAAUGCGCUAUAUCCAUAAAAGAUGAUCUCUUAUCUAGUACUAGAUCAUUGAGCAUGGAGUGUGUCAGGUUUAUUAUUCAA